AUGGAAGUGGGGCAAACAUCAAACCAAAAAGAGAAGCCAAAUGUGUUCAACUCACAAAAUGUCGAAGCAACCUAUGACAUGGACCGCGGAGAAAUCCAAAGUAAUUAUUUGAAGCUUAUCAGUGGCACAAACUUGGAAGAGGAGCAGAAUAGUGAUUAUGUAUAUGAUUUAAAACAUGGACAACAAUCUGAUUCUUCUUCAGAAGAAGAGAGUAGCUCAAAAGACAUGGACUAUGCUGAUGAAGAGAGCUCAGAAGCAAGUGAGGAGUAUGCUAGUGUUGACAGUGAAGAGAUAUACAGUGAUGAUCAAGCUGAUACUUUGAUGGAUCCUCCUCGAGAUAAUAGUGAUGAUCAUGCAGACAUUCUAGUUGAUACAUUUUGUACUCAAUCAUUAGUGGAUAUUGCUGUGACAUCAGAAUUGGACACCAUCGACAACAAAGUUCAUCUUUCUACUAGGGGUAGAGGCAGGGGCAGAGCUCUAUGUGAACCUUUUUGUAAAGCUGCUAAAUUGGACAAAUACAAAAGAAUUUUAGGAUAUGCAAAUGCUUAUGCCAACAGUAAUAGUCAAAUAUGGAUUUUUUGGGAUGAGCUACUGGAAUGCAGGGUUAUUGAAGAGAGUGAGCAACAAGUUACAUGUGAAAUCAAGUGGAAUGGAGAUACAAUUAUAAUAUCGGCUGUUUAUGCUAAGUGUGAUGCUGUACUUAGGGAAGAUUUGUGGGAUAGCUUGAGGGACAUUGCAGAUAGGUACAAACUACCUUGGCUCAUUGCAGGGGAUUUUAAUUGUAUUGUGGAUCCUGGUGAAAAGAAAGGAGGUAAGCCUCACGGAAUGUCCAAAAGCUUACCUUUUAUACAGUGUAUUAUGGAUUGUGAACUCAUUGAUCCAGGUUACUCUGGAUCUAUCUUCACAUGGUGCAAUGGAUGGUGUCCAGAGAAGAGGAUAUGGAAAAGAUUGGAUAGGGUCUUGAUCAAUCAAGAGUGGUUGAACCUAUUUGAUUCAACUAGUGUCAAUCACUUGAUCAGGACUGGGUCGGAUCAUUCUCCCCUAUUUGUCAUUGCCAAAACUACACACAGAGAACCUAUUAAGUACUUUCGGUUCUUGGAUUUCUGGACCAAAGAAGCAGAUUUUAGCAGGGUGGUAGAGCAAGCUUGGAAUAUGGAGGUGCAGGGAUCACCAAUGUGGAAAUUCCACAUGAAGCUGAAAAAUACUUGCAAGAAGUUGUCUGAAUGGUCCAGGAAUACUCUGGGCAAUAUUUUUGACAAGAUUGAAGAGCUAGAACACAAAGUAGAGGAGAUGGAGACCAACAUCAUUGCCGAUAAUUCUGAGGUGAAUAGAGCUGGCUUAAAUCAGGCUAAUGCUUUAUUGGUGAGAGCUUACAAGAAAGAAGAGUCCUUUUGGAAACAAAAAUCAGGGGUUAAAUGGUUUGUGGAAGGAGAAGUUAAUUCUAAAUUUUUUCACUCUGUUGUUAAAGGAAGAAAGAAGAGGUUAACUUUGAAAAAGAUGAGAAAGGAAGAUGGAACGUGGGUUGAGGGUGAUGAGGAAAUUGCUCAUGAAGCAAUCUCUUUCUUUCAGAAUCAGUUCACAAGGGAGAACUUUGACAAUGACUUCUCAGUUCUGGGGUGCAUUCCUACAAUCAUUGAUGAUGCAGAUAAUGAAAAACUUAUAGCAGUACCAACCAUGGAGGAAUUAAAAGAUGUGGUAUUUUCAAUGAGCUCUCAGAGUGCACCAGGCCCUGAUGGUGUCUCUGGGAAGUUCUAUCACUCAUGUUGGGAGAUAAUAAAAGAGGAUUUACUACUAAUGGUUCUUGAUUUUUUUGCAGGUAAUCAAAUUCCUAAGGCAUUUACUCAUACUUGUCUGGUCCUAAUUCCUAAGGUGGACUAUCCACAAUCUUUCACAGAGCUAAGACCAAUCAGUCUUAGUAACUUCUCAUGCAAGAUCCUGUCCAAGUUGGUGAACCAAAGACUAAGUCCCUUGAUGCAGAAGUUGGUGUCUCCUAAUCAAACAGGGUUCAUCAAGGGGAGAUCAAUUACUGAAAAUAUCAUGUUGACUCAAGAUAUGGUCCACAAUAUUGUUAAACCAUCUGCAAGUGGGAAUGUGGUAUUGAAACUGGAUAUGGCUAAAGCAUAUGACAGAGUUUCUUGGGAAUAUCUUUGUCAAGUACUUAGACAGAUGGGUUUUUCAGAAAUCUGGAUUGAUAUUGUAUGGAGACUUAUGACUAAUGUUUGGUACUCUAUUAACAUAAAUGGAGUUAGACAUGGUUUUUUUAAGUCUAGCAGAGGAAUCAAGCAGGGAGAUCCUCUCUCUCCAUCCCUGUUUGUCAUUGGUGCAGAACUUUUAUCUAGGCUUAUGGACAACCUAAUUGACUCAGGGUUCAUUCCAUACUCAGUAGAUAAAAAGGGACCUAACAUAUCUCAUUUGUGUUAUGCGGAUGAUACUAUCCUCUUUUCUUCUGCUGAUCCUACCUCAUUAAUAUUAAUGAUGUCUAAAUUGGAAGUCUAUGAGAAGGUUUCAGGUCAGAUGGUAAACAAAGGAAAAUCUGGGUUCUAUACUUCAUUGAAAGAGGGUGAUACUAGAAUUACAGACAUUUCGAGGAUAACUGGUUUUUCUUAUUGCCAAUUUCCGAUGAUAUAUCUGGGGUGUCCUAUCUAUGUAGGUAGGAAAAAGGUGGUUUACUUCAACAACAUGGUGGCCAAAGUUGCUAAUCGGAUGCAAGGGUGGCAAGGAAGAUUAUUAUCCUAUGGUGGGAAGGCAGUCCUAAUUAAAUCUGUGUUGCAUGCACUUCCUUUGCAUCUACUAGCUGUGGUUCACCCUCCUAAAACAGUUUUGAACCAGAUUGAUAAAAUUAUUGCUAACUUCUACUGGGGAAAGGAGGAUAGUAGAAACAAAAGGCACUGGAUAGCUUGGAGCUAUUUAUGCUUUCCAGUGCAAGAAGGGGGAGUUGGUUUCAGGUCUUUACAAGACACUUGCAAUGCAUUCUCUGCCAAACUCUGGUGGAAUUUUAGGACUCAAAAUACCUUGUUGAAGAAAUUCUUGGAGGCUAAAUAUUGUAAAAGAUCUCACUCUGUUGCAAAGAAAUGGGUCUAUGGGCAAUCUCAUACUUGGAAAAGACUAAUGGACAUAAAAAAAGAUGUUGAACCUGCUAUUUUUUGGAAGAUAGGAAGAGGUCAAAUUUCUUUUUGGUGGGACAAUUGGACUGGUCUAGGAGCUUUAGCUAAUCUAGUUCAUGCUAUUAGAACACCCAAGAAUACUUUGGUGAAGGAUUUUAUUCAGGCAGGUUCUUGGAGACGAGAGAAAUUACUGGAGGUAUUGCCUCUCAAUGUGGUUAACGUAGUUCAGGAAGUGGAUAUCAAUGAACUGAGGAAUGAUUGCCCUUACUGGAUGCUGGAAAAUUCUGGAGUCUUUACUUGUAAGUCAGCGUGGGAUAUUGUUAGGAAGAAAAAGGGGGAGUCUCUGACAUGUAAGAAGAUCUGGCAUAAAAAAAUGCCAUUCAAGAUCUCAUUCUUUAUGAUGAGACUUCUACAAGCUAGGAUCCCUACUGAUGAUGUUGUUAAGAAAUUUGGUAUUAUGAUUCCCUCAAAAUGUUGUUGUUGUAAUAAUCAUGAUGAGGAAACCAUUUCACACCUUUUCAGUAGUAGUCAAAUAGCAACACAGAUAUGGUCCUAUUUUUGCAAUGCUUAUGGCAUUAGGUUUAUCAAGGAUCAGAUAAGGCAAACUCUUAUGAAUUGGUGGCUAGCUAAGGAAAGAAGCUUAGUUCACUCUAUGGUUCUGCAGUGUUUACCUUCACUUAUCUGUUGGGAGAUUUGGAAGAAUAGAUGCUCAGCAAGAUUUGAAGAUAUUCACAUGUCAAGAUGGCAUAUUAUUCAACAAGUCUCUAAUUGCUUAUCUUUGAUGCUUAACUGUCAAUUCCCCAGUCUUACUCUUCCACAUGUAUGGCUAGAAAAGUGUAGGACUAUAGAGAAGAUUCAACAUAGUAUCCAUUCUCAAGCAGUUUGGUGGAAGAAACCAGAUAGAGGUUGGGUUAAACUCAAUGUAGAUGGGUGCAGUAAAGGAAAUCCUGGAUCAGCUGGAGGUGGAGGUAUUAUUAGAGACCAGUUGGGGGAUAUGGUGAAAGCCUUUGCUGAAUUUUAUGGACAUUGUAGCAAUAACAUGGCUGAAGCUAAGGCAGUUUUACAUGGUAUCAAAUUGUGCAAUAGCUUAGGACUUCAAAAUGUUAUUGUGGAGACAGAUUCCCUGUUAAUUGUUUCUAUUAUCAACAGAAGGAUGAAGCCACCAUGGCGGAUCAAACAUAUUAUAGAGCAGAUUUGGGAGAUAACCAGUCUAGGUAAUUUUAAUUUUGUGCAUACUUUUAGAGAAGGCAACUAUGUAGCUGAUCAACUUGCUAACCUGGGUGAAAAUACAAAGGAACACAUUAUCUUCAAUGAAGCUGUUUCUCUUCCAAGACAAGUUAGAGCUUCUUUGCAGUUAGAACAAGAUGGCCUUCCGAAUUUCAGAUUCACAACAAGAAGGAACCAAUUUACAAUUAAUGAUGUUAUUACUUGA